AUGUAUUUAAUCACCACAAGCAUUGAAAUCAAUGCUCCUCCGGCAACGGUCAGAGAGAAGUUUCUCGACUUUCCAGCUAUCUCGAAAUAUUCAUCCAAUGGGUUUAUUCGCUCGAUAUCACCCGUUGACCCAACUAAACCAUCUAUCGAGCUUCAACCUGGUGACAAGUUAAACGUCUGUGCAGGCUACGGAAAGAUGAAGUUCUCGCCAGUCAUCUCAUCAAACACGCCGUCUAUGUUUAGCUGGAUCGGUUCUAUCCCAGGAAUCUUCACAGGGGAGCAUAUGUUUCGAUUCGAAGAAAUCCCGACGUCUGGACAAGAACAGAGCCGCACAAGGUUCGUCCAUGAAGAGAGAUUCACAGGUCUUCUUUCAUUUCUCAUGGGUGGGGGCUUCCUCGCCAGCUAUGUUGGUCUCGGGGAGGAUUCAAGGAAGGGGUUUGAUGGGUUUAACCAUGAUCUCAAGUCUUGGGUCGAAGAGGAGCGAACUGAAUAG